CAGUAUCUGGCAAUUAUAUGUCAAGUAUUUCGGAAUAACUCAAGAGUAACCGUACGUGGUUCGAACGGUCUUCUGUGCCGCCGCAGUUUAAUCCUGCCCAAACAAGGCAUAGAAUAUCGUAUGAACAUGACUUAUUUGCACUGGAACUGUCAGGAUCAAUUUAACCAUGAGUUAAGUAAAUAAGCGGAGCGGAGGCAAGAACCAGCGACGGCGCUAGGGGCGCAAUGCCUGGGUCCGUAAGCCGCAGCCAGAGGAGUAGUAGCAGUGUAGGCUCUGCUUCGUCGGCCUUCCUCGACAAGUUAGAGGCGGAGGCUAGUGGAGCGGACAUCCUCGACAACAGUUCUGCAUUGCAGGCUGGCAUCUUUGGCGUCCUAUUUACAGUGACCAAAGAAAAGUACAACACAGGCUGGCGCUUCCUGCUGCUGAAGCUGGUGCUGGACUACCUGCAGCUCUUCACCCUCAUCUUCACGAAUCAUGAACCAUGGGUCUUUGACGAGAGCAGCGUGCUGUGGCGGGUGGCGAGUGCGGUCAAUGUGGACCAACUCAUUGCUCCGCUGGGCUACAACUUCUUCAUCGGGCUGCUGUACCUGAUGAUGGGCGGGCUGGUGGCGGUGAUGGGGCUGUCGCUGUGGGUGGCGUGGUGCUUCAAGAACCGCAGCUUCCCAUCCGUGUGGCCCAUCAAGGUUCUCCGCGUGUACGCCAACCUGUUCUUCCAGGUGCUGGAUGUGCUCACACUCUCGCUAUUCCAGGUGCCCUUCAACUGCAGAUUCGUGGGCUACGAUCGCUCCCUCUUCAACUCCCUCGCCUCCUACCCAGACGUUAAGUGUUCCUCCUUCCCCCACGUCAUCCAUAUGGUCACCGCCGGCUGCUCGCUGCUGGUGUUCUCGCUGUCCGCGCUGCUCAACCUGGGAGCCGACUUCGAGCUAAGCCCGCUGCACAAGGGGCUGCUCAGCGUGGCGAAUGCGGAGGUGGAGGUGCAGGCCUUCAUCAUCAAGUUCGCCAUGACCUUCGUUAACUACGCCCUGGGCUGGCAGCGCAUGCGCAUCAUCCUCACCCUCAUCCUCUCCGCCGCCCUCGCCGCCAUCUACCUGCGCUGGGCGCCCCACCUUGUCUCCUGGGUCAACCACAUCCGAGUGGGGCUCUACACCUCCAUCCUGCUAGCUGCCGUACUGGCAGUGGUGCUCGUACAGGGCCCACAAGGCCCCCCGGAGGCGGUUGAGCGGCACAACCGUCGUACGACAACGUUGCUGUGGGCGUUACUUGGUCCUGCGGCGAUGCUGGGUGCUGCGGCUAGCUACUGUCGGUUGAAUGUGUGGAGCGGCUAUGUGUUGCGGCGGUUCAGGGAGGCGGCGCCGGGGGAGAAGGCGAGGAGGAUUUACAAGUUUGGGGACCCGCGGGAGGUGGAGAUCGUGUCGCGCGUGUGUCGCCGCUGGGUGGACCCCCACCGCGAGGUGCUCGACCGGCGGGCGGUGAAGGAGGGCGAGAUCAUCAUCAAGGCGGGGCUGCAGCUCUUCCCGGGGCGCUGCUACAUGCUCAUCCUCUACUCCAACUACCUCAUUGAUGUGCUGGACAACUCGCAGACCGGCUACAGCCAGAUGGCGGCCGCCAAGCAGGCGGCCCCAGGCUGGAUGCAGCGCUUCGCCAUCUUUGCGCGCGAGCAGGAGCAGCUGCAGCGGCUGAGCAGCGCGCGGGUGGGCGGCGAGGGCGGGGUGGACCUGGUGAGCUAUGUGGAGUACCAGAAGAACCACAGGCUGGUCAUCCGCGCGCACAAGGACGCGCUGAUCGCCACGCGCACCUUCUGGCAGGUGCUGCUGCACCACCACGUGCGCUUCACGGCGCUGGCGUCGGCGCUGAACGAGAUUGAGAGGACGGUGCUCAAGGCCGAGGCCGCCUACAAGAUGGUCCUAAGUCGCUACCCCACCAACGCCAAGCUGGCUCGCACGUACGGACGCUUCCUGGAGAACGUGGUAAACAACCCCUGGAAGGCGGCCAAGUACUACGUCCUGGCCGAGCGGCUGACCGAGAUGCAGGAGGCCGACGAGGCAGCGGGCGCCGAGAUGGCUGCCAGCAGUGGGGGCGCGGGCGAGGUGGGGGUGGAGAACCGGCUGCUGCACCGAGUGGACGAGCGGGUGAAUGCGGUGUUUAUCAUCAAUGCGAACGGCAUCAUUCAGAUGGCGAACAAGAACGCCUGCUCGCUGCUGGGCUACGGCAAGGGCGAGCUGGACGGCAAGAACAUCAACACCAUCAUGCCGCCGCCCUUCAGCCAGCGCCACAACAAGUACGUGCGGCACUACAUCCACACCGGCCGCGAGACGCUGCUCAACUGCGUGACUCUCAUGCCGGCGCUGCACAAGGAGCGCUACGUCAUCCCCGUGCGGCUGGGGGUGACCAAGGUGUCGGGCGCGGCGGAGAGCAGCACCUUCAUGGGAGUGCUGGAGCCUGUCUCCUGCGAGCGCAAUGAGGCCAGCGUGUACUUGCUGCCGGGCGGCACCGUGGCGGCGGUGGACCGGGCCUUCGUGGACUGGUUCGCUAAACACCUGGAUGACUGCAUCGCACAGCACCUGGCCGACCUAACCGCCGACGAGGCCAGCGCCGCCAUCGUCCGGGAGGCGGUGGAGCACAUGGCGGCCCUGUCCAAGUCCGCCGCAGCCGCCGCGGCCGCCGCCGCCGGCACCCUCCACCAUGACACCUCCGACACCUCGGCCCUCUCCGCCGCCGCCAAGGCACCCGCAGCGACAACGGCAGUAACCACGACGGCGGUCGUACCUACUACUUGCGCCGCCGCCGUCAAUCCCGCCAGUGGCGGCGGCCUGUCCUCCUCCUCCUCCCCCGUCAUCUCCCUCCGUCACAAGUACUCCACUCCCGUGCAAGUUACCUUCCGCCUGCGCCACAUGGGGGUGGGUGUGGAAUCCCUGGUAUGCGUCACCCUCACACGCACCGGCCCGCCGGACAACCUGGUUCUGGUCGACGGCCGCGGCCGCAUCGGCUUCAUCACCAGUGAGCUGGCGGCGGCGCUGGGGGCCUCGCCCGAGGGCCUUGCGCGGCAGCCCAUCGCCGACCUGCUGCCGCAGCCCUGGAACGCGCUGCACGCCAGCGGUGGCGGCGGCUGGUUGCGUGAGGCGGAGGCUUCCAUGGGCGACGUGGGCUUCGAGAUACGCGGCGACCACCAAACGCACCCCAGUGCCGUCUCGCUGGCGGCGGCGGUGGCGGCGGGAGCACUGCCCAUGCUGGCGGCGAUGCCGGCGCUGCCGUCCCCAGCCCCCACCCGCACCUUCUCCUACACCACCACGUGCUGCACCACCAGCUAUCGCACCACAGCCACCACGGCCACCACGCCGCCGGCAGCCACCAGCAGCAGCUCUUCAACAUGCAGCAGCUGCUGCCGCCGCACUUCCUGGAGCACCAGCGGAGGUACGGCCAGGACCCCGGCGGCGGCGGCGGAGGCGCUUGCGGCGGCUCCCCUGGCGGCAGCGGCAGCGGCGGUGGCGGCGGCGGCUCCGGGGCGCCCCCCGGCAGCUGCCUGGCUGGCUCCACUGUCAUCCUGGGCUCCAGCUCCAAGGUGCAGGACUACUACCGCGUGGAGGUCAGCACCCGCGGCGAGACGGGCACGGGCGCCCCCAUGCGCGUGGUGCGGGUGCGCCCCUCCUCGCUGGGGGAGGCACUGGACGAGCGGCGGCUGGCGGUGGUGGUGGACGCGGCGUCGGGCAGGGUGAUGGAGGUGGGGGACAGCCCGCAGGCGCUCUUUGGUUUCAAGCCCUCAGCGCUGCUAGGAAGGAAUAUCGCGGAUGUGGUUUCGGCGCUGAGGCCUGCCGCGACGCCGCCGCAGCCCGACGAGCAAGCCGCGCCAAACUCAACUGCCGCACAAGUCGCGGCGGCGGCAGCGCUGGCCGUACCUAACGCCGCUGCUAGCGGAGGCGUCAAGGGGCUGGUGGCGGCGGCGGCAGUGUCUGGAAAGACAGGAGCAGCUGACGUCAGCGAAGGCGGCGGAGGCGAAGGCACCGCCACUGGCACUGCCGCCGGCGGGCCGGGCGGUUCGUUAACGGCGACGCAACUGCUUUGUCAGUUGGCGGUUGCUUCUAUGGCGGUUGGAGGAACCAGCUGGCGCGUCGGCGUGACUCCCCCCAUGGACGCCUCCGGUCUGGCGGCGCUGGGGCUGCUGCGAGACGCCUUCCUCUCCCGCCAGACCCGCUCCGCUGUCAUGGAGGUGGACGUGCUUGUGCCGGGAGCCGGGGACGAGGAGGAAGACGGAAUUCGGACAGCGGCGACGCAGGGAACUGGAGACGACACGUUAGACGCGACGGAGGUGAUCCGGAGGGAAUCCUGGGAGACGUUGGGGCCGGCGGCGGCGCUGCGGGCCGCCGCCGGCGGUGACGUCAGCGUCGGCGGCGGUCGCGGUCGUACGGCGCGUUCGCUGUUGCGUCGGCCCACGUUUAAGGAGAUGCAGGACCGGGGGCAGCUGACGGUUGAGGCGGUUGCCGCGAUUGAAGCCGGUCUGACGGCGCUGAUGGGCAGAGCCCCGAGCGGAAACGAUUGUAGUGGCGCCGGCGCAGGCGGCGGCGGAGGUGCCCCAAGUACGGCGCCGAGUGACGGCAGUACGACGGGGGCGACGGCCACAACAACCGCAGAUGCGGCGGCGGCGGCGGGAGGUAGGAAGAGUAGCGGCAACGGUGGCGGUUUGCUGUUGCGGUUGAACCUCUGGCGGUCGGAGGUGCUAGCGGGUGUGUUGGAGGUGGAUGGUCAGGGGGAGGUGGUCGCGGUGGCGCAUGCGAGGCUGCACCAGGCGGGGCUGCUCUUCGGCCUGAGCACCACGCAGCUACCCCGCAUGCGCCUCGGCAAACUGCUGCACCUCCCCCACCUCGCCAAUACACACACGCACACGCACACGAACGCUCAUGGCCAUACCCAAGCUCAUGGUCAUUUACACGCACACGUACAUAUCCACGGCAGCGGCGCCGCCGCCACCUCCGCCACCGCGGUGCUUUUCCAGCCGCCAGCCGCCGUCGCUGCGGCGGCCGCCACCGGCGGAGAGCACGGCAAGUCGCCAAUGACGUCGCAAGCGGGGGCGCUGGGGCCGCUGACGCCGCCGCCAGCGCCGGCGCCGGCCAUGCGCGGUGCCUUAAAAGGCAACCGCAAGGGUCAGCAGCGCGUGGGCCCGCUACAGCUGCUCGAAGGCCACCACUCGGACGGACAGCUGCUUCAGCUUGCCGUACAAGCGGUCGUCAAGGAGGGCUCCGCUACCUCGGGUCGUACAUUCGUUUUCAUCAAGCUCCGAAACCCAAGCAAGGCAGCCGACCAGGCUUCGCUGCUUCGAGCCUUGGAGGCCGUGGCUCCCAGAAGAGGGCUGUUUCGCAGCAGCGGCAGCAGCCUAGGCGCAUUGCAUCACAGCCAUAGCCGACAUCGCAGUCAGCGGAAGGCCGCGGCGGCGGGGCGAAAGACAGAGGCGUCACCGCCGCGGCUGAUCCUGCCGCCGGCUUCUCCGACGCUGACGUCAGCGCCGGCCAAGGACGGCAGCAACGCCGCUGCGGCUCCUGGUGACGGAGGCGAUGGCCGCGAGCCGAGGCCGAAACCAGACCCGACGGCGAGCUGUCCAUUGGGAGAUGCUGCUGCGGCUGCGAUGGCGGCGGCGGGGCUUCGCGGGCCUGCCGUACUCAUAUGCGACUCUGAUUACGAGGGCGAAGGCGGCAAUGGCGAUGGCGGCGACGGUGCCGGCCAGGGACGUGGCGGCGGCGGCGGCAGCGGCGCUUCAUCUCCCGGCGUCAAGGCCCUUCAUGUGCUCAGCGGAUCCAAGGAUUCCGAUGACGUCAUGAUUGCGGGGGCCGUCAAGUUUGGCGAUUUGCCGACGGCAACGUCGGCGGCGACGGCGUUCACGGCAGAGUCCCUGCCGGUGAUUGCAAGGCCGAGCGAUACGAGCAUUGGCGCCUCCGUCGGCGGCCCGUCAGCCGUUACCUCUGACCCCGCAGACGAAGACAGACGUAGCAUCGACGACGAAGACGGCAGCGGUGACAGCGGCAGCAGCAGGACCCACGGCAGCGGCAGCGAGGGCAGCGGCGGCGACGAUGCCGACGGCGAUAAAGACGCUGUCGGCGAUUACCGCAGCGUCGCCAGCAGCAGUAGCAGCAGCACCACCAGCACCAGUGAUAAGACGCCGAUGAAGCACCGAAGCAGCAGCGGACGUGUCCUGCAUCGCCACAGCAGCAGUCAAGUACACCGAAGCAACAGCGGUGGCCUGGGCAGCGGUGGCGGCGCCCUCUGCCGCCGGCGGCGGCGGCGGCGGCGGCCGUCGUGUGCUGCUGAACACCCCCAGCUUAGCGCGUCAACGCACCCAGGAGCUCCUGCUCCAAUCCGUGAUGGCAUCGGGCCCGAGUGGCGACGCCGCCGCCACCUCCGCCGCCGCUGGGCCGCCAGGCUCGCCGCCGCCGCCAGCCCAACGCGGCUUCCACCGCUACAUUUCGCCUCCUCGAAAACCCAGACUGGGAAGCAAAGACGCCGGCGAGGGGGCCUCCGGCGGCAAUAACGGUGGCGUCAACAAGGAGGGAGGUGGCGGAAGGUCUUCUUCGCCGAGCACGGGUCGUCGAAGGUUGGAGGAGCUAGCCGGCGGAGGCGACGACAGCGAUGCCGGUGCUGACGGUGACGAGGGGCUGUUUGGGGACCUUCGUGCCGCUCUGAUAGGGAACAGCGAAGGCGGCGGAGGCGGCGAUAGCGGCGACAUUGAAGGCGGCGGAGGCGGCGGUGGCGGGCCUCUGCGCGGUGGCGGCGGCGGCAGCAUGCGCCUGCCUAGGGGCAGCGGCGGCGGCGGCGGCGGCGGCUCCUCCGACGAUGCUGACGAGGUUGCGAGCCAGGCCAGUGGCAUGUCGGGUAUGGAGGAUGACAUCGGGGCGGCGGCGCACCAAGCGGACUACCGUCGCGGCAAGCGCUUCAAGAAGUUGUCCGCCAUGAUCGGCUCGCCGGUGGUGCAGCGGGCGGCGCGGGAUUUCCGGUGGCAGGCGCUGCUGGCCAAUGUGGCGCAGGUGGUGUCCAACUUGGUGUCCUUCGUGCUGCUCACUCUGCUGCUGCACAAACAGAUCCGGAGUGUCAACAAGAUGUCGUACACCGCUGCUGGCCUUCGUAACGCUCACGAGCUCUUCGUUGACUUGGUGCUGCUGGACAACCUGCACCGGGGGCUGCGACCCGUGGGUCACAACACCACCUGGUUCGACACCAUGACCAUCGAAUCCAAGGCGGCAGACGUACAGUCGCGACUGUCGCUGUUCUCAGAUCACCACACGACGUCGUACCAUGGAUCUGGAUCAGGUCGGAUCCAAGAUGCCGAGUCGUACGAUUCACUCAGCCUGCUGCACACUUGGAACUACCCGCACUGGCCGGCGGUGGAGUACUACAGCGUGACCCCCCCUCGCGUGGAGCUCUCCCCGCUCUCCCUCUGGGUGCUCGGCAACACCCUCACCGAGCGGGCGCAGGAGGUCACACACCGACAUGCCGCACUCGCCGCCGCCGCGCUAAUCAACCCAGCCGCCGCAUUGACAGCGCCGUUACGCAACGACUCGGCGCCCAGUAACGGCGACCCGUACACUGACGUCAUCGUCGCUCGACACCUGGCGGGAGCUUACGUAACGACAUACAAUUCGACUUCAACGGAAACGACGACGAAUGCGAGUGUGAAUUCCACUGCUUCCAGCAGCGGCAGCAGCAUUAGCGAAAGCAGCAGUGGCGGGGCUGUUUCGGAGGUGGCGGCGGUGGCGGGUGUUGCUGCGGGGGUGUCCUGGAGCGAUGCCUUCCGAAUGGUUUUGUCCGCGGGGCCCACUCUGCUGUACCAGGGAUACCGGGACACGCUGGUUGCCCUGGUUGACCGCGCCGCCCGCGACUCCUCCAACGUGAACCGCGUGCAGCUCAUCCUGAUGCUGGUGGAGGGCUGCGCGGUGGCCACCCUGCUGGUGGGCUAUAUGUGGUGGCUGCAGCAUCGGGUCACGCAGCAGAGGUACAGGGUGUACGGCGUGUUCUUUGCCGUACCGCUGGGAAUGAUCCGCGCACUGGCCAGCCGUACGAUCACGAUCAGUCAGGGGAGUGACAGCGAGGAGGAGAGCGACGAUGACGACCUGCACUACCAGCAGCAGAUGGCGGCGUCGCAGCAGCUGCUGAUGCGAGAGCUGAACGCACAGCACACCUCCACCUCGGGUACCUCCUCGGGGCUGCGCGGGCUGCUGUCGGGGCUGGGCGGGGUGCUGAGGUGGAGCCGCUCCGGCACCGAGGGCAGCGGCAUGCUGGGGGGUGCGGGUGGGGGCGCGGAAGGAGGAGGAGGAGGCGGGGGAGGAGAAGGAGGAGGCGGGGGAGGGGGGAUGCUGGGGGGAGGCGGGGCCGGCAUGGACAGCGUCAUGAGGGGGCGACAGGCAAGACACGAGCGCAAGAGAAACGCCCGGCGGCGUCUGAUCCGCAACAGCCGUGACUCCCUCAUCCUGCUCAUCCCCUUCGUGGCCUGGGGCAUCACCAUCUGCAUCCUCUACGCCUCCGGCUACUACUACCUGAACCAGGUGCAAGCGCCCGUCAACCUGCUCUCCGUCAUCGACUCCUCCUGCGUUGCCGUACACCGGCUGCAGCUGUAUUCGCUGCUGACGUGCAGCGAGGCGGGCCGGGGCGCACGGCAGGUGCUGCGGGGGCUGCUGGCGCAGGAGCUGGACUACUUCAAGCUGCAGUGGGAUGUCACGCUGUACGGCGCCAACGCCACCACCUCCCCGCGGGACCGCCGCUUCGCACGCAUCCGCAGGGGCGUCACCUUUCUGCGGGAGGACAUGACUCGGGUGUUGUUCCGCGAGCAGCGCUGCAGCACCUGGGAGCAGCGGGAGGUGGGGGCGUGCCCCGCGGAGGGGGAGCCGUUCUAUGCGGCCACUGCACACGGUUUGUCGUACAUGGUGGACCGGUUCGUUGAGGACGUUGAGGGGUUGCUGGCCGAGCCGCUGGAGGCGGUUAACAUCAACAACACGCGGCUGGGCUACAUAAUGACAGUGGCGCAGGGCCCCCUGGAGGCCGCCCUCAAUGUCGUACACGACUACACCGUUACCAUCGUAGACAGCUACUACAAGCUGGCUGUUGGUGUUCGCAUUCGUGUUCCUCAUGCUGCGACCCUUCCUGACGCGCAACCGGGGCGAGACGUCGCGCAUCGCAAAGAUGCUGUCGCAGCUGCCGGCGGAUGUGGACAUAGAGGGGCUGGUGUACCGCCUGCUGCUGGCGCCGCCCGCGCUCAGGAGACGCAACCGCCGCGCCAGCAUGUCCUCCCUCAUCGCCGACGACCCCGUCCUAGCAGCCAAGGUGGCGGCGGCGGAGCGGCAGGCGCAGAAGCUGGCAGUGGGCGGCAGCGCCGCCUACCAGCGCUUCUCCAACGGGGGCCUCCCGGGGGCCAUAGAGGCGGCGGCGGCGGCAGCAGCGGCGGCGGCGGGGGAGGGUCAGUCGUACUUUGAGAGGAGCGGAGCGAUGCG